AUGACAAAGGGUGUUUUUCAUAAAGAUGUCCUGGUAAUCUUAUCUACUUUGGUAUUUAUAAAACCGCAGAAGAAGUUUCCCAGUUUGGAAAGAUCGUAUAUGACUUUUCCACAGAUUCUCGUGGACGACGACAUCAACGCAGAACAGCAUCAUAAUGAAAGACGUAACGAUAGAAAGAGAAUAAAAUGUGUUUUUGUCUUCCACACUAAGCUUUCGGAGACUCGAGAGAAGUCAAGAAAAUGGGUCAUGAGAAAGUGUAACAACAAAAUGAACCGAAAAGUCCAAAGAAGAAACCCAAAUAAAAACAUUUCAACUCGAUUCACGUCUAUGUUUGUUUCGGAAUCAGAUUUAUGA